AACUUUACACCGAUCUUCCGUUUCACAUACCACUCGCCAGACACACGCUCCAUUCAUCCCUGCGUUUGUAUUCACCGGUGUACGCUUCGCAGCUGGCAUUGUGUGGCUGAAGAGGGCCACGGGCAGGCAUGUCAGGCUCAACUUCCCCGCCUUCCAUAGUGGAGGCUGUGGGCACUGAGGGAUGUUUUCCCCCUGGAUACAAGCCGUUCAAACCUGAGGAGCACGGCCUGGAGCGCGGGUUCCGUCUCACGAGCUUUUCGGAACUGAAGGGAUGAGGCUGCAAAGUCCCGCAGGAGGCUCUGCUCAAACUCCUGGCGGGACUGGAGCCGGACCGGGCCGACGGCACAGGGAAGGCCGGAGACCAAGCUCCGGAGUUCGGCCAACAGUUACCUGGACCGCGACUCGGUAUAGGGAUGGACUGCGCUGUGAUUCCUCUGAGGCAUGGAGGGCUGUCACUAGUCCAGACCACAGAUUUCUUUUACCCUCUGGUUGAAGAUCCUUACAUGAUGGGCAGGAUAGCGUGUGCUAAUGUCCUCAGUGAUCUCUACGCCAUGGGAAUCACAGAGUGUGACAACAUGCUGAUGCUGCUGAGUGUCAGCCAGAAGAUGAAUGAAAAGGACCGUGAGCGGGUGAUGCCACUGAUGAUUCGAGGCUUUCGCGACGCAGCAGAGGAGGGAGGGACUUCAGUGACAGGUGGCCAGACCGUGAUCAAUCCCUGGAUCAUUGUGGGAGGUGUAGCAUCGGUUGUCUGCCAGCCUAACGAGUUCAUCAUGCCUGACGGUGCUGUACCAGGUGACGUCCUGGUGCUGACUAAACCUCUGGGGACCCGGGUGGCUGUGAACGCUCACCAGUGGCUCGAUCAGCCUGAAAAGUGGAACAGGAUCAAGCUGGUCAUCACCAAAGAGGAAGUUAUAGAGGCCUAUCAGGAAGCUAUGUUUUCCAUGGCAACGCUAAACCGCACAGCGGCAGGUCUAAUGCACAAGUACCAGGCCCACGCUGCCACAGAUGUGACGGGUUUUGGCUUGCUGGGUCACGCCAACAACCUGGCAUCACAGCAGCAAAACGAGGUGGCCUUCGUUAUCCACAACCUUCCAAUCAUAGCCAAGAUGGCUGCCAUCAGUAAAGCCUGCGGAAACAUAUUCAACCUGGUUCAAGGCACUUCAGCCGAGACUUCGGGUGGGCUGCUAGUGUGUCUGCCCAGAGAGCAAGCAGCCAAGUUCUGCUCGGAGAUGAAAAACCUCAGCUCCGGAGCAGCGGGUCAAGGGGCGGUGGGCGGGGCAUGGAUUAUUGGUAUUGUAGAGAAAGGUGACCGCCGUGCCCGCAUCAUUGACAAACCCCGCAUUAUCGAGGUUCCACCCCGAGGAAGCCAAGCAGCAAAUCAGGACAACAGCUCCACCAGCCCUGACCCAAGCCCCAACGUGUCAUAGACACUGAAACCCUUUGACACUGUUCUGGUGUGUGUGUGCGUGUGCGCAUGUGAGAAUGAGAGUAGAGUGUGUAUAUGUGUCUUAAUACGUUGUCCAUCCCUUCCUCCUCUUCUGUCAUAAAGCUGACAGCGCACAGACCAAAUUCCGUGUCAUGUGAUCCAGUGAGAGAGGAAAGGGACCACAGGCAGCAUACAUCUCCAGCUUUAGAAGGAGCUGCUGAAACACGGUGUACUUUUGAUCUUUCAUGUUGUAAUUUCAGGGUACAGUGCAGUACUGCCCCGCUGUCAUGUUUAUUUAGAGCUGUUAUUUUUCCUUGUUGCCUUUCAUAUAGAAAACUGGUCUUAUAUGAUUUAUCAAAUUCAUAAACAGCUUCUGGAAAAUGAGUUUCAAUUCUGUAGAGAAAACAUUCCCAAUCAUUCUUACCCAAAGUAGCAAAUAAUGAAAGCAGAGUGUGCAUGUGCGUGCAUGUGUUUUAUGGUUUGAUUGGGGUGGUUUCUUUUAGGAUGGAUGGCUAACAUCAAAUGUGUUAAUCUGGUGAUGGUUUAAUGUGGAAAAGAAAUGGUUCAUCACUCCUGGGACCUGGCUCUGCCCACGCCAUCCAGAGGAAGGUUUGAGCAGCUUCCUUUGGGGCCACUUGGGCCGUGUUCAGAUCGACGGCCGAUUGACGGUCCAAGCGCCUGGUCCACCCCUCCUUUUUAAUGAAGCUCUGCCGUUCAAACCCCAGCGGGGCCUGGCAGAGUGGAUGUGUGUCUUUGGUUCAGGGGUUGGACUUGCAGCGCCGGAGGUCUAAGGCUGUCUGUGUUUGUAGAUUUCUUGCUUUUCACAGUCAAAUAAACCCAUCAUCUACUCAGACCACAA